GAACUUCCACGUCUUCUCCUGUCAGCUGCACGUUAUCAGGACCUUCCAGUGCGUUCUGAAUCGAAUUGGUGCAUUUUUUGGUCUUUUUUGGGUAAUAAUCUGCCUUGGGUCCUUGCCACUGCCCCAAGACUGGAUUCUACAACGAACAAGAACAGACAGAGAACUGAUCCUACAAAAUUCAGACUUAGGUAAAGAAAUUGAUCGUAAGCGAUUGUAGUUGAAGUGGUCUGCGUAAUUCGAGAAGGAAUUGGGUUGCUACAUAUAAAUCCAUUCAUCCAACCAUCCUGACAUUCAACAUAGCAAAGACUCAUUGAUUUUCUAUUUCAAACAGCUUCUAGACUGCUUUUACAUAUCGUUACACUCAUAAUCAUUCAGAUGAACGACGACCUCUUUGAAGAUGUCGAACAAGACAACAACCCUUCGUUCUAUGGCAACCAUUCGAUGUUGAACGAUCCAUAUGGUAGAAAUCAUAUGUCAGGUUUACCUAUGUCACACGAUACCUCUGGCUCUCAACUGGUGGCCCCUCCGCCUUACACUAAGUCGGGCGAUGCUCCUGUUGUAUCUGCUGGUGCCAGUCACGAUUUGGUAAACUCUACAAUUGGCUUAUCUAACAAAAUAGACGAAUUGCUCCAAAAUCCAGAGUUGCAGAUUGAAAUCGUGUCCAGUGAGCGAUUGGUUAACUCAUCUGUAAUCGUGUAUACAAUCCAGUUGUCUUUACGAGACAACUCGAUCUCCAUAAUUGUCAAAAGACGAUUCAGCGAGUUCAAAUCGUUGCGCGACAACUUGCUCAAGUUGUUCCCUACGUUGAUAGUACCUCCAAUUCCGGAGAAACACUCGCUUUUCUCGUAUUUGAUCAAUUCGAUCAACAACUCCAACGAAAUAAACAUCAUCGAGAUGAGAAAACGGUACUUCAAAAGCUUCUUAACCGACUUGAUAUUUGAAUCCUCGCCCAAGUUGAAGAGAUGUCCACUCUUGCACAAGUUCCUUGACCCUAAUUACGAGUUGUGCUGGUACAAUGCCUUGAACGAGCCUCCAGUAAAUCUCAUCCCAAAUAAUUUGCUUUUGGGCAACCCAGUAAAUCCAACAGAUCAAAAUGGGCUAUAUUCUUUAUUACCCUUGGUCAAUGGGUUUGAGUUCGACUCCAACCUCGAUAAUUUAAGUUCUCUCAAGAAGCUUAACGAGGACUGGAAGAGAUUGAAUGAUCAGAUAAGACUAUUUGAAUUCAAAAGCAUUACCAUUGUAGAGAACCAUAGCUUUACUGAAGUUCCGCAUACGUUGGUUCAAUUUGAAAUCAAAUUCCAUAACAUAGUCCGGAUAUUACAAGACCUCAAUAAGUUGAACGCGCGUAAUAUCAAGAACUACAAAGGUAUGGUCCUGAAUUUAAUUGACUUAGGCGGAAAUUUGAAUAAUUUCUCCUUACAAAUAUUUGAAUCUUCAAAUCAUGCUGCAGUUUCCGGGGUUCCAAGUAAUAACAAUCUCAGUGAAGCAAUUGAAAAAUUCGGGUCCACUGUCGACAGUAGUUUCUUGAAUUUUGAAAGCUUUACACUCAACCAUAUCAUUUCAGAAUGGCAAGAGCCAGUUCAUCAGAUCAUACAAUAUUGUAUUUCGAGUCUCGGAUUAAUUAAAUUCUACAAGUACAAGAUCAUUCAAUUCAAGAUUCUCUACAAGCUCAAGUUUAAUAAAUUCCAGGAGUUGUUAAACUUAACCAAUUCAUCCUCUACUUCAUUGACGACAGCCAUCAACAAUGCCAAUAAUGGCACCAUUGAAAAUUCUAGUUUAGAUCAUUUAAAGGAUCUUAGUAGCCCUACCAUUAACACGGCUAUCCAGAAUUCAGAGCUCAGAAAAAAAAGAAGACAAGGCGGAUUGUCUUCGAAAAAGUCAUGGUAUGGGCUUUUUGGGGGUAAUAAUAAGCUGUACAAUUUUUCGUUAAGUGCAGAGGAGUUGGAGAGUCUACACAGCAACAACAGAAGUGAUGACCCCCAAUUUAAUAAUUACAAGUUCAAAUACAUGCAGAUCGAAAAGGAGUUAAACAAAUUGAACCAAUUAAUAGCAUUGUGUGAUAGAGAUAUGACCCACCUAACAGAAGCAAUUAUAACUACUUUCAACGGGUUCUUGAGGGACUUAGAGAAGAAAUGGCUCAAAUUAAUGAUUAAUUAUAUCAAGAACGGCAAGCAGUUGUUUAGCGAGAAUUUAACCAACUGGUCCGAGUUCAAGCUUUCCUUGAGCGACAUUUAG